AUGAGUGUCCAAAGUAACAGUGGAAGUGGUGGUGGAAGUUUGGAGGCGACGCCAUCUUGGUCGCAGCUCUCCUCCUCCCCUACGAUUUCUCAACAACACAUAACGGCGACUGCGAAGCUUAAGGAAGGCCCCAUGGAGGAGCUGCACAGCUUGGACCCCCGGAGACAGGAGCUUCUAGAGGCCAGGUUCACGGGGGCUGUCAGUGGCAACACAGGAGGCAGCACUGGCAGUAUGAGUGGAGGUACCAAGGGUCUCGCCAAUGAGUCUUCCAACCACAGCUACGGAAGUCUUGGCUCAUCCAGCGACAAGGAGUCUGAGAACUCUGAUAUGAAAAGAGGGAGCUCCCCUGCCUACUCAACCCCUGAGAAGAAGCAUUCCGAAUCAUCCAGGGGGAGGAAAAGGAAAGCUGACACCUAUUCAGAGAGCAGUCAAGGGAAAUCCACGACACGUGGUCCCAAGAUCAGCGACUAUUUCGAUUUCCAGGGUGGAAAUGGUUCCAGCCCAGUUAGAGGGCUGCCAUCAGCCCGGCGCUCUCCCCAGAGCUCACACUCAGCGCCUGGCUCAAUUGUCCGGCAGAACAGCUCCUCACCUACUAGUUUGUGUUUUGGGGAACACAAUCCGAAAUCCAGUAAAUUUGUCCAGACGGAAUUAACGGGACUGAAACUUGCUGCUCUUGAGAGCAACAAGAGUCUUGACCUAGAGAAGAAAGAGGGACGAAUCGAUGAUCUGCUCAGGGCUAACUGUGACCUGCGGAGGCAGAUCGAUGAACAGCAAAAACUCCUGGAGAAAUACAAGGAGAGGCUUAACAAGUGUAUCACAAUGAGCAAGAAACUUCUCAUUGAAAAGAGCACCCAGGAGAAGCAGUCCUGCCGUGAGAAGAGCAUGCAGGACCGCCUCCGUCUGGGCCACUUCACAACGGUGAGACACGGAGCAUCCUACACAGAGCAGUGGACUGAUGGAUAUGCGUUCCAAAACCUGAUCAAGCAACAAGAAGGCAUCAACCAACAGAGAGAAGAUAUAGAGCGACAGCGAAAGCUGCUUGCCAAGAGGAAGCCUCCAAAUCCAGCGUCGCCUUCCCUUUCUGUGGCCUCAACCUCUGAACCCAAACAGAGGAAAACCAAGGUGGUCAACGGCAACGAUUCAGACCCAUUCCUCAAGCCAUCUCUGCCCCAGCUGCUAACCCUGGCUGAGUACCAUGAGCAGGAAGAGAUAUUCAAGCUUCGCCUCGGUCACCUGAAGAAGGAGGAGGCAGAAAUUCAAGCGGAACUGGAACGUUUGGAGCGUGUGAGGAACCUCCAUAUCAGAGAGCUGAAGAGGAUAAACAAUGAGGACAGCUCAGCGUUUAAAGACCAUCCCACUCUGAACGAAAGGUACCUAUUGCUACACUUGCUUGGCAGGGGCGGUUUCAGUGAAGUCUACAAGGCUUUUGACUUGUUUGAGCAGCGCUAUGCAGCUGUCAAAAUCCACCAGCUCAACAAGAACUGGAGGGAGGAGAAAAAGGAGAACUAUCACAAGCAUGCCUGCAGAGAGUACCGGAUACACAAACAGCUAGACCAUCCCCGAAUAGUCAAACUGUAUGACUAUUUCUCCCUAGAUACUGACACGUUCUGUACUGUUCUGGAGUUCUGCGAAGGAAAUGACCUGGACUUCUACCUGAAGCAAAAUAAACUGAUGUCAGAGAAGGAGGCCCGAUCUAUCGUCAUGCAGAUUGUCAGCGCCCUGCGCUACCUCAAUGAAAUUAAACCCCCCAUUAUUCACUAUGAUCUCAAGCCUGGUAACAUAUUAUUAGUGGAUGGAACUGCGUGCGGCGAAAUCAAAAUCACUGACUUUGGCCUGUCAAAGAUCAUGGAUGAUGAUAAUUACGGUGUGGAUGGAAUGGACUUGACAUCCCAGGGAGCUGGCACUUACUGGUAUCUCCCUCCGGAGUGUUUUGUCGUGGGGAAGGAGCCACCAAAAAUUUCCAACAAGGUAGAUGUUUGGUCAGUGGGAGUUAUCUUCUUCCAGUGCCUCUACGGGCGUAAGCCAUUUGGUCACAACCAGUCUCAGCAGGAUAUCCUUCAGGAAAAUACCAUCCUCAAGGCCACUGAAGUCCAGUUCCCUGCUAAACCGCAGGCCAGCACGGAGGCCAAAGCAUUUAUCCGUCGCUGCCUGGCCUACCGCAAGGAGGACAGGUUCGACGUGCACCAGCUGUGCUCCGAUUCCUACCUUCUCCCUCACAUGAGACGCUCCAACUCCUCCAGCUCGCUACAGCCCACCACCCCCUCAUCGCUCGCCACCUACUGA